AUGUUUAAGCAGGUAUGCUGGUCUGAGCAUGGUUCUCAUCACUCCUUCCUCUAUGCUAAGCCUGCUCUGCUGCAGUUACUUGUACAUUUGUUUUUUUUAUUCUGCACGUUGGUGUUUUAUAAACUAUAAUAUUACAUUUUAUUGUCUCCUUUCCAGGUCCUAACCACUUACCUCCAGCUUUCAGUGCUCAACCUUCAUGGUAACAGCAUCCGCCAGCUGUCAGAGGUGGAUAAAUUGGCAUGUCUGCCCAACUUGAAGAGUCUCACCCUGCAUGGCAACCCCAUCGAGACUGAGAAAGGGUACAGGUGAGCAGGUCACCACUUUGUAAUGCAAGCUGGCAGGGAUAUUCACUAUAGUGAGCAUUCAAAAUUAAUGGGACACUAUAGUCACCUGAACCACUUCAGCUUAAUGGGACACUAUAGUCACCUGAACCACUUCAGCUUAAUGGGAUACUAUAUUCACCUGAACCACUUCAGCUUAAAGGGACGCUAUAGUCACCUGAACCACUUCAGCUUAAAGGGAUGCUAUAGUCACCUGAACCACUUCAGCUUAAAGGGACACUAUAGUCACCCAAACCACUUCAGCCUAAUGGGACACUAUAUUCACCUGAACCACUUCAGCUUAAUGGGACACUAUUCACUUGAACCACUUAAGCUUAACCCCUCAAGGACCAAACUUCUGGAAUAAAAGGGAAUCAUGACAUGUCACACAUGUCAUGUGUCCUUAAGGGGUCAAAGGGACACUAUAGUCACCUGAACCACUUCAGCUUAAUGGGACACUAUAUUCACUUGAACCACUUCAGCUUAAAGGGACACUAUAGUUACCUGAACCACUUCAGCUUAAUGGGGUUGUUCAGGUGAGUACAAUAGCUCCCUACAGGCUUGUUCAUGUAAACACUGUAUUUUCUCAGAAAAUACAGUGUUUACAUUAGAACCUAGGAACACCUCCAGUGGCAGUCACUCAGAUGGCCACCAGAGGGACUUCCGAGUCAAGUCCUGCCUGAUGCGCAGGACUUACGUUUGACGUCUUCACCCUUAGCUCAGAGCCAUCAAAUGUGCUUUCAGGACACAGGAGGCACUGUGAACGCGCCUCCUGUGUCGUGUAGUAACCCAGAGCCUGUCAGCAGCCAGAGCAAACAGUGUGGGAGAUAAGGAUCUCCUGCAACACACAGCGUCGGCUCUAGCUGACAUGCAGCUGAAGGCAGGAGACUGAGCAGGAGGAUCUACUGACUUCAAACAGUAAGUAAACUUAUUUUAAAAAAUUAAUUGGUUGAUACCGCGGCUUCUGCCCAAGCCACAUAACUGCAUUGCACAAUUAUAUCUGUUAUUGAUAAAAUAAAGAAUUAUAAAAAAAAAAAAAAGAGUUGGUGAGUGAGAGAGUGUGAGUGAGAGAGUGACCCAUCCAUCCCACUCUAUCCAUCCCUCUCUAUGCAUAUAUUUAUCCAUCCAUCUCUAUCUAUCCAUCUUUCUCUAUCCAUCCAUCUCUGUCUAUCUAUCCAUCCAUCCCUCCCUAUCUAUGGAUAUCAUCUCUAUCCAUCCAUCCAACCAACCCUCCCGCUCUAUCCAUCCAUCCAUCCAUCCCUCCCUAUCCAUCCAUCCAUCUCUAUCUAUGGAUAUCCAUCCAUCCAUCUAUCCAUUCCUCUCUAUCUAUGGAUAUCCAUCCAUCCAUCUAUCCAUUCCUCUCUAUCUAUGGAUAUCCAUAUCUAUCCAUCCACCCCUCUCUAUCCAUCUAUCCAUCCAUCCAUCUCUAUCCAUCCCUGUCUUUCCAUAUAUUCAUCUCUAUCCAUCAAUCAAUCCAUCCAUCCAUCCCUCUCUAUCCAUCCAUCCAUCCCUGGAUAGAGAUGGAUGGAUGGAUAGAGAGGGAUAGAUGGGUGGAUAGAAAUAGAGAGGGAUAUAUAUAGAUGUAUAGAUAGAAAGAGUGUGUGUAUGUUUACAAUAUUUACAAUGUGUGUGUUUGUAUAUCAACACUAUAUAUAGAGAUAUCACUAUAUAUAGUGUUUCUAUACAAACACACAAACUUUGGGCUGAGGAGUGUUGCCAUAGGAGGGGGGCAGGCAUAGACAGCGAGCUGAGCUCAUGAACACGCAUACUGUGCACAUAUGCAGUACAGCGCUCAGAGUUCAUUCAUAGAGAGGCAUUGAUUUCUCUAUGAAGAACAAUGCGAUUGGUGCAGCGCGAAGCCGCGCAUGUGCACCACAUACCGAUGAUGCUUCUCUAAGAGAAUCGUCUGAGCCCUGCUACUUCGUCAUUUUGACUAUAAGGGGGAAGUGGCCUGCUGAGGAUCUCUACGCUGGAACAGAGGUAAGUUUACACGAUUAAAAGCACUCUAAAUUAUUUAUUAUUAGAGGGAAACUAAUAUAAAAGCAAGAAAGAAGGCUAGGGGAACGGUCUUUCUUGCUUUUAUAUGUUGACUAUAGUGCUCCUUUAAGGUCAAAAUAGCCGAACUGGAAGAAUUCUCUAAGCCAGCUGUGCUUUCAGUUCCGCUACUCUGGCCUUAAACAUUAAAGUCUCUUUAAAUUCACACUUUUAUAAAUAACCCUAAAAGAACAAAGACGCUCGAUAAACAGAACAAUUUUCAGGAUGCCUGAGAGGGGUGAAGCUAUUCAGACAGUUUUUCGGACGUUUUGAAUACGGUAACUGCCAUAAUCCACACACAGUGUAGAAAAAAAAAUGUGGGGAACAGUAAGACGGUGCUCAGUCAGGUCCCAUUCUUAGAGUUUGUCAUUAAUCUCGGUUUAUGGCAGAAUACAAAAAAGAGAACAAGGAACACAACGUUCCAAGUCCCUGUAUAGCCGCCGCACCCACCACCUCAAAACCUCCCCAAAAGGGGGGCAGUGGCUGCAGGGGUCACGCAGAGACCAACGUACCAGUAUGAGACUCCAGCUGUCUCAGAGGGGCUUAACCCCAAAGUCCACACUCUCAACUCCAACAAUAUUAAUCUCAAACUGACUAGUGAAAUUGGUGGCAAUAGAAUUAAUUUUCUGGACCUCACCAUCUCGCUGACAGAAGAAGGGUGCCUCAUUUCAACUCUGUUCCGUAAACCAACGGCAACUAAUAACUUGCUGAAUUGGUCUAGCCAUCAUCCCCCUUCCCUAAAGAAAGGGAUUCCAACUGGACAAUACUUGCGCCUUAGACGCAAUUGCUCUACAUUGGAUGAUUUUAAACUAAAGGCUAAGACCUUACAACUCCAAUUCAAACAAAAGGGGUACCCGAAUAGAUGCUUAAAGCACGCUUAUAAACGGGCCUUACUGUCAGAUCGGAAAGACCUUCUAAUCGAACAUAACCCAGAGCCAUCACAGGCAGUCAUAAGAUGUAUAGGGAAUUUUGAUGCCGGCUGGCAUCAAAUGAUGCAAAUCUUGGACAGAUUCUGGCCCCUUCUACAACAAGACCCACACUUACGGAAGGUAAUCACACAUAAGGCUUCAGUAACAGCAAGAAGGGGACGCAACAUCAAGGACAUGUUGGUCCCUAGCCAUCUCAAGACUACACCCCAGAAAACAUCAUGGCUGAAGUCCCCAGUCUUAGGGACCUAUCAAUGUGGGAAAUGCAAGGCAUGUAGGUUUAUACUUAGACCCUCCAAAACAUUCCCAGACUCCCUUGGCACACAGGAAUUCAAAGUAAAGAAUUUCUUUAACUGUCAGUCCAAAGGGCUUAUCUACUUACUUUCCUGUUCGUGCAAAAAACUGUAUGUGGGAAAAACCUUUAGGAUGUUUAAACUUAGGAUACGGGAACAUGUCAAUUCGGUAAACCCCACAAGACAAAUCGACACCCCUAUCUCUAAACAUUUGAAACUACAUCAUGGGGGCUCAUCUGAAGGAAUCAGAUUUAGUGGUAUUGAAAGGGUUACCUUGGGACCAAGAGGGGGGGAUUUAGACAAGAAGCUACUCCAAAGGGAGAGCUUCUGGAUCUAUAAGCUCAAAACCCUGUCACCCUUGGGACUUAACGAAGGUUUCUCAUAUACACCAUUUAUUGCAGAUCACUGAUACCAGGUGUGGGACUCAGACCUAUAUACGGGCAGUGGUACUCGGCGGGUGAUCUCUGCACUAAUCUAUUCUGAGUGAGCCUUAUGGCCUGAUACACUUGUAAAUUUGUAAAUAUAGCGCGGUUUGUUCCACAAUGGAUAUAUUCUUUGCUUAUUACUAUUACUACUAUUAUCACUAUUCUUUUCUAUUUAUUAUUAUUUUUUAUAUUAUUUUUUAUCAUAUAAAUUUAUUCUCAUGAUUACCGGAUGAGGACCACUAAAUUGCUAAUGCUUGAAUUUUCCCAAGGAAAUAGCUAUAUAAUGAUUAUAAUACCAAUAAUGUUCCUAGACCAAGCUUGCUGAGCACUUGAAUGAAAAUAUCAAUGGCCAUACCAGUCUGAAAAUGCCUGAUCUCGUCAGAUCUCAGAAGCCAUCCAGACUUGGGCCUGGUUAGUACUUGUAUGGGAGACCAACUAGGAACCUCAGGUGCCAUAAGUUUAAAGACCUCUUGACAAAAAGAAUGCUAGCCUUAUUAUUAUUAUUUUUAUUUUAAGGACUAAGUCAUAUCUGGUCAUUCAGAGGGCCAUAUUGUCAAGUGACUCAGUGUACAGGAUAUAGCGGCAGGAUGUACCAUGUUAAGUUUGCAUCCUAGCAUGGGUCCUAUGAACACUAAAUAUAUUUAUUAUCUUAUAUCCUUGCCUGGGAUGGGGGAGUGGGAGUUAACAACAUCCCAGGACCCCUUAUCAUUCAAUUUUUCUCUUAUUAUUGGGGUGUCCUCUCAUAUUCUUUACUACAUCUUUAAUAGAUUCAGUAUUAGAAUAAUAUGUAAUCAGCACUGCCUUAUAUUUUCAGCUGACUCUGUACAUCCUAUAUAGUACACAUUGGUACUUUGGAAUGAUACAUUAUCAAUAUGCAGCUUAUCAAUUUGAGCCUUAAUUUGGACAAUUUCGGUUUCUCCAUACACAGAGAAUACCUAGCUCCGCCCAUCUGUCACAGGGGAUCAACCCAUGUGAGGAUGAUGGACAGGAGAGGCUCGGAUGGGCGGUACUGCAGCACUAUGAUGAAUGAGACACGCCCCAUUAGGAGAAUGCCAGAUACGUCACAUGACGCAUGACAUCACAGGUCACGUGACCGGCUGAGGGAUUUCCCCUUCAUACAGAUGAAUGAGCAUUAGCAAUCACAGAGGAAUAGCCAGGAUAUUAGAGGCAGCUGGGGAGGUAUACACCCCCACACUCCAUUGGCUACAAGGUAAUCAUGCUUCCUGGCAAUUGGGGUAUUUAAGAGGCUUCUCUUCAGUUAUCUGUUGGCCCCUGACGAAGGUGCAUCUCUCUGCACCGAAACGUACGUUGGGCGUUUUUUCUGCACUGGGCACUGGUGUUUGGAGCACCAUGAUCACCAUCUAAUUUAACUUUAUUUUAUAUCGUUUUCUUCUUUUCUUUCCUAUGCCUAUCUAGCUAGCUUUACAGGGAGAGAGGCUUUAUUAAUGCUAAUUAUCAGUCUGUUUUUGACUGAUUUUUUUACUUCUAUUUUCAGUCCUUAUCUCUCUCUGUUUUUCUUAAUAUGUUUCUAGUGUGACCAGGAUACUUCCUAGGAUGCAUGGAUUAUAGAGACUUAGCUACUGUAUACUCCUAUCCCUAUAGCAGAUCACAAUAAAGCUUAAUUAUAAGGGGGAGUGAGGUUAUCUUUUUUACUACCUCUUGAUCUAUACUACCCUGGGCUGGCAUAGGAUUGUAGGUUCAUUUGUAUAUACUUUGUUUAAUUAGGGUCUCUGACCAUAAUAUUUCUAAUAGCCAGGUUCUAUACUUGGAACAUCGCGCUAUACAUAGAUAUAUUUUUUCCAGUCAAUGCAGUAAGUUUCAUUCAUAUAAUUGAGACGGUCUGCAUAUUUCUCUGUUCUUAUGGCAGAAUACACCCUACAAAUGAGGCUUGUAACAGGGCUCAAGGUUUCCUCUAUCCGUUAGAAAGUGAAAAUCCCACCUCCAGACUUGAAGUGAGAAGUAAAGUUUAGGCCGGCUAGCAGCCUACGACUUGAGAUUGCCGCCACGGAAGCCCUAGUAUUCUCCUAAAAUCCUGAAUUGAAUCCACAAGUUCCCUGCAAUAAAUGAGUAUACUUUAACCAACUCCACUUUGUAGCCAGAGCAAGUCAUUAAUUCAGCAACUUAGCCCUCAGUUCAUCAAACGUACCUGAGCUCUCGUCAGACUAUUCGCUAAUGUAUUCGUUUGUAAAUGUUGUUGUUUUAGUUAGUGUGUCACCCAGGAUAAAUAUGAUGUAACUCAAGUUGAUUUAAAUCAUAAUGUAAAGACUCAUUCUUGCUGGUUGUUAUAAUUGUAAUAUUUACAACCAGAUGAAGAUUUCAUAUUUAGAAUAAUACGUUUGUACUUUAGUUUAUCAGAACUGAUCAGAACUGAUUUUGUUAUAAAUAAUUGGACAUUCAUACAUACAGUUGCAAGAAAAAGUAUGUGAACCCUUUGGAAUGAAAUGGAUUUCUGCACAAAUUGGUCAUAAAAUGUUAUCUGAUCAUCAUAUAAGUCACAACAAUAGACAAUCACAGUCUGCCUAAACUAAUAACACACAAAGAAUGAAAUGUUGCCAUGUUUUUAUUGAACACACUAUGUAAACAUUCACAGUGCAGGUGGAAAAAGUAUGUGAACCCCUAGACUAAUGACAUCUCCAAGUGCUAAUUGGAGUGAGAUGUCAGUCAGCUGGAGUCCAAUCAAUGAGAUGAGAUUGGAGGUGUUUGUUACAGCUGCCCUGCCCUAUAAAAAACACAAUCCCUCAAUCCCUCUGUUACUGUCACUAUACCCCGCUCCCUCUAACAUGUAAACUCACUGAGCAGGUCCUCAAUCCCUCUGUUACUGUCACUAUACCCCGCUCCCUCUAACAUGUAAACUCACUGAGCAGGGCCCUCAAUCCCUCUGUUACUGUGUCACUAUACCCCACUCCCUCUAGCAUGUAAACUCACUGAGCAGGGCCCUCAAUCCCUCUGUUACUGUGUCACUAUACCCCACUCCCUCUAACAUGUAAACUCACUGAGCAAGGCCCUUAAUCCCUCUGUUACUGUGUCACUAUACCCCACUCCCUCUAACAUGUAAACUCACUGAGCAGGGCCCUCAAUCCCUCUGUUACUGUGUCACUAUACCCCACUCCCUCUAACAUGUAAACUCACUGAGCAGGCCCUCAAUCCCUCUGUUACUGUGUCACUAUACCCCACUCCCUCUAACAUGUAAACUCACUGAGCAGGCCCUCAAUCCCUCUGUUACUGUGUCACUAUACCCCACUCCCUCUAACAUGUAAACUCACUGAGCAGGCCCUCAAUCCCUCUGUUACUGUGUCACUAUACCCCACUCCCUCUAACAUGUAAACUCACUGAGCAGGCCCUCAAUCCCUCUGUUACUGUGUCACUAUACCCCACUCCCUCUAACAUGUAAACUCACUGAGCAGGGCCCUCAAUCCCUCUGUUACUGUGUCACUAUACCCCACUCCCUCUAACAUGUAACUCACUGAGCAGGGCCCUCAAUCCCUCUGUUACUGUGUCACUAUACCCCACUCCCUCUAACAUGUAAACUCACUGAGCAGGGCCCUCAAUCCCUCUGUUACUGUGUCACUAUACCCCACUCCCUCUAACAUGUAACUCACUGAGCAGGGCCCUCAAUCCCUCUGUUACUGUGUCACUAUACCCCACUCCCUCUAACAUGUAAACUCACUGAGCAGGCCCUCAAUCCCUCUGUUACUGUGUCACUAUACCCCACUCCCUCUAACAUGUAAACUCACUGAGCAGGGCCCUCAAUCCCUCUGUUACUGUGUCACUAUACCCCACUCCCUCUAACAUGUAAACUCACUGAGCAGGACCCUCAAUCCCUCUGUUACUGUGUCACUAUACCCCACUCCCUCUAUCAUGUAAGCUCACUGAGCAGGCCCCCAAUCCCUCUGUUACUGUGUCACUAUACCCCACUCCCUCUAACAUGUAAACUCACUGAGCAGGCCCUCAAUCCUUAUAUUCCUUUGCAUCCAACUCGUCUGGUUACAAUUACGUGUUUGUUAGUCCACCCAUUGUACAGCGCUACGGAACUUGGCACCUUUAUAAAUAUAAUAAUUGUAUAGUUCCACUUUUUAAUGUCUCAUUUUUUCUUUCCUGUUUUCUCUAUUUGGUUCUGGUUCUGUUUGUAUUCUUGUUCUGUUGAUGAUAUUCACAUUUUUCUCUGACAAAUGUUGUAUUCUUCCUUUCCAGCACUCUCUUCAAUGAAGGCGUUAGUAUAUUUAAUGUAUGUCUCGUGAGUUAAACGAUAAUGAUUGAUUAAUCAGAAAGUAAUAAUCUGUUUCCAUGUACAUGCUCAUUUUACCACCAGAUCGUACAUCCUGUCUGUUCUGCCGCAGCUCAAAUCCCUAGAUUUUAGCGGCGUCACAAAACAAGACCGUGUCAUGGCGGACGUGUGGAGGCGAACAAAUGGAAAACAAAAGCGAGUAAAGAGAAUAAAGGAGGAAUAGACAUCACUCAACACCACAGCUAUGGAGGUGUCAUUUUUGCCAAUAAAUAGACAUGUUCUGUGUAGGAUUUAUUAGACAAACAGCGAUCCAGUGAUUGACUCCUUUUAUCGAAUACAUAUCAGGUAGUGUAAGUAAAGUGCCUCAGUCAUGACUAAACGUCUCUUUUCAGCUAUCAUAAUAUAUCAUGUACAGAAUACACAUUGUGUUAUCAUCACAUUCACUGGUUAGUGUGCUGGGAGCACUUCAGGUAAAACAAAUCCUAGUUUAUUUCACUGCUAAGAAAGCCGAUAACUCAACCUGACUCUAAGGGGACACAAGUAGCAGCCAGGAUCUUAUUCUUGUAGUAAUACAUGUGUAAAUAUCAGCUGGCUGGGCCAGACACCUAGCAAUAUAUAUCCGGCUACCUCGUAGCCUCAUAGAUUGUAAGCUUGUUUGAACACGGCCUUCUUCACAUCCCCUCCCUAUAUUAUCCCCUUCCUAUAACUGUAAAGUGCUGCACAAUAUGUCGGUGCUAUAUAAAUGCAAAUUGUCUUUUAUAAGGAAUUUAGAAAAAUCAUUUUUAGGUGAUUUUUUCUCUUCAAAAUGGAAUAGAAAUGAUACCAUCAGGUUGCAUGUCCCACUAUGCACUGACCAUUUGGUUUACGAUAAACUCGGAAUGGAUUAUAAGCACAGAGUGUUCCUGGCGCCUUGUUUGUUUCUUACAAAAUAUUCAUUUAAGUGAGAGUUCCCAAACUGGGAGAAUAUCUGACCUUCGGAUAUCUUCACCUUGCAUUAUGGUGAAUAAUCGUGUUAUCUUUGGUUUUCUGUAUUUGCUAAUUUUCUCGUUGCCAUUUAUCUUAUUGAAAUAGUAUUGAGACAUUGAACGGGGCUGUGUGUAAGAUCUAUACCGUCACGUCUUCGGUAUCCUAUCCCUUAAAUAAAAAAUUAAAAAAGAAACAUAAUGGAAAAUUAGUGGCAAAUGUCUACACCCAGAAUGGAUCUCAAACAAUAUUACUAAGAGCAAAUACUGUUUAUAACGCAUCUCUAUAUAUUCAUAUCCUAAAUAAUUCUAAACCCCCAUACGGUCCCGCUAUAUAACGCAGCCUCAUACUGUCCCUUUAUAUAACGCAGCCUCAUACUGUCCCUUUAUAUAACGCAGUCUCAUGCUGUCCCUCUAUAUAACGCAGUCUCAUGCUGUCCCUCUAUAUAACGCAGCCUCAUACUGUCCCUGUAUAUAACGCAGUCUCAUACUGUCCCUCUAUAUAACGCAGCCUCAUACUGUCCCUCUAUAUAACACAGACUCAUACUCUCACUCUACAUAUAAUAUAGAUACACAGAUGACAAGCAAUUUCUUUAACGGUGGCAAAGCCGCCUGGGAAUAGCUGUCUGUCUUUCAUAGCAUUAAAUAAAAUCCCAAAACAAAUAUAUUUACUUUAGAAAUCUCUGG